GCCUAUGAGGCUUUCAAGUCGUAUAAGAAGACAACGCCUCGUCAAAGAGCAGGUUGGUUAAGAAACUUGUUCAACCUUAUGAUUGAGAAUGCCGAAGACCUAGCAAAGAUUUUGACUUGGGAGAACGGUAAGACUUAUGCAGAGGCUCUUGGUGAGAUUAAAUAUGGUGCUUCCUAUUUUGAAUGGUAUGCAGAAGAAGCUCCACGUGUUUAUGGUGCUACAAUCCAACCUGCAAACCCAACUAACAGAGUCUUUACUCUGAAACAACCUGUCGGUGUUUGUGGUGUUAUCACCCCAUGGAACUUCCCUUCUGCCAUGAUUACUCGUAAGGCAGGAGCCGCUCUUGCUGCCGGUUGUACUUGUGUCGUUAAGCCAGACUCUCAAACUCCAUUGUCUGCAUUGGCUUUGGCAUAUCUUGUCGAAAAAGCUGGUUUCCCAAAGGGUGUUUUCAACGUUGUCAUUUCCCAUACAAAGACCCCAGAGUUUGGUCUCAAACUGUGUGAGUCUCCAAAAGUUAAAAAGAUUACUUUUACUGGAUCUACCAAUGUUGGUAAAAUUUUGAUGAAGCAGUCUGCCUCUACUUUGAAAAAGCUUUCGUUUGAGCUUGGUGGUAAUGCCCCAAUUAUCGUUUUUGAUGAUGCGGAUGUAGAUUCCGCCGUUGUACAAACUAUCGCCUCAAAGUUUAGAGGUCUUGGCCAGACUUGUGUCUGUGCAAACAGAAUUUACGUUCAACGUGGCGUAUUAUCGGAGUUUGAGAAGAAGAUGGCCGAGGAAGUCAGCAAGUUCAAGAUUGGUCAUGGAUUGGAUCCAGAAUCUACUCACGGUUGUUUGAUUAACACCCGCGCUAUCGAAAAGGUCGAAGAUCAUGUUAAUGAUGCUCUUUCUAAAGGUGCCAAAGUUCUCGUCAGAGGUGGUAGACGUACUGAUCUUGGCCCAACUUUUUACUCUCCAACUCUCCUCACUAACGUAACUCAAGAAAUGAAGGUCACCUCCGAAGAAACGUUCGGUCCUCUUGGUGCUAUCGUUCCAUUUGACACUACAGAGGAGGUUGUCGAGUGGGCCAACGAUUCUAACGUGGGUCUCGCUUCUUAUGUUUUCUCUAAGAAUAUUGACACCGUAUAUUCUGUGGCAGAGGCAUUGGAGUCUGGUAUGGUAUCAUGCAACGUCGGUGUCUUCACAGAUUGUUCAUUGCCAUUUGGUGGAAUCAAAGAGUCUGGGUUUGGUAGAGAAGGUUCACUCUAUGGUAUUGAUGACUACGUUGUUAUAAAAGCUGUUAACAUUGGUGGUAUUAAGUCUCUUUAAAUAAAACGCAG